AAUAGGCCUCUGGGAGGAUGGGGGGACCAAAUGGCCUCCAGGAUGUGUUUGCCUGCUACGUGAGCUAAUGAUACAUUUUGGUUGGCUUCUUGGAUAUUUCUGUAUAGGAAGGUUUGCUAUUUUCCCCAAAGUGUGGCUGCAUUGGAUAGCUCAACUAUCUAUCCACCCGCUCUGAUUCAUACACCAUACGGUGCAAAUCCAAUUGAAAGGCUAAAGUUUCCCAUUUAUUUAUUAGAUGUGGUUUGUCAUGAGGGGAGCAGCAGUCCUGGAUAUAGAAAUCCUUUGUUAGGAAGUUCCAUUUUGUCCCCCGAGAUGUUGGAGCCAUUAAAUGAGGGCUUUCUUUCUAGAAUCUCUGAUCUGCUGCUGUGUAGAUGGACCUGUCGCCACUGCUGUCAAAAGUGUUACGAGUGUAGCUGCUGCCAGUCGAGUGAAGAUGAAGUUGAAAUCUUGGGACCUUUCCCUGCUCAGACUCCACCCUGGUUGAUGAGCAACCGGAAUGAAGAUAAGAAUGGGGACUCAGACCACACUGCCAGCGAGGCUCCUCCAACCCCACAGGACGAUUCCCCAGAUCAGAGACGGUCAUCUUCAGACACAUCUAAGUCUGCAUACAGCCUUACCCGGAGGAUUUCAAGUCUUGAAUCCAGACGACCCAGCUCGCCACUAAUUGAUAUUAAGCCCAUUGAGUUUGGGAUUAUCGGAUCCAAGAAAGAAAUUAUACAACCAUCAGUGCUGAGGAAGACCUAUACUCCUGAUGACUAUUUUAGAAAAUUUGAACCUAGACUAUACUCCCUUGAUUCUAACAGCGAUGACAUGGAUUCACUGACUGAUGAGGAGAUCUUAUCCAAGUACCAGCUGGGUAUGCUGCAUUUCAGCACCCAAUAUGAUCUGCUGCACAACUACCUAACAGUGAGGGUGAUUGAGGCCAGGGACCUCCCACCUCCCAUCUCCUAUGAUGGCUCUCGACAAGAUAUGGCUCAUUCCAACCCCUAUGUGAAGAUCUGCCUCUUGCCAGACCAGAAGAAUUCUAAGCAGACAGGUGUCAAACGCAAGACCCAGAACCCAGUAUUUGAGGAGCGCUACACCUUUGAGAUUCCAUUUCUAGAAGCCCAAAGAAGAACUUUGCUUUUAACUAUAGUGGAUUUUGACAAAUUCUCACGUCACUGUGUCAUUGGGAAAGUUUCCGUGCCUUUAAGUGAAGUAGACCUGGUGAAGGGGGGGCACUGGUGGAAAGCUCUAGUUCCCAGUUCUCAGAAUGAAGUGGAGCUGGGAGAACUGCUGUUGUCAUUGAAUUAUCUCCCAAGUGCUGGAAGACUGAACGUUGAUGUGAUAAGAGCCAAGCAGCUUCUUCAGACAGACAUGAGCCAAGGCUCAGACCCUUUUGUGAAGAUCCAGCUGGUACACGGACUCAAACUUGUGAAAACCAAGAAGACUUCCUUUAUGAGAGGGACAAUUGAUCCAUUCUACAAUGAGUCUUUCAGUUUCAAAGUCCCACAGGAAGAACUUGAAAAUGCCAGCCUAGUAUUUACAGUGUAUGGCCACAAUAUGAAGAGCAGCAAUGACUUCAUCGGGCGGAUUGUCAUUGGUCAAUACUCUAGUGGUUCUUCCGAAUCCAACCAUUGGCGUCGGAUGCUGAACACCCACCGGACAGCAGUGGAGCAAUGGCAUAGCCUACGGUCCCGAGCCGAGUGUGACCGAGUCUCCCCUGCCUCUCUUGAGGUGACGUGAAAGUUCCUGGUGAUUUAUUUUCCCCAAAAAAAAGUUGAGAGGAAAAAAUGGCUGACAUAUACACAUGCACAUACUAUACAUAUGAGUAUAUACAUGCAUACAUAAUCACCGUGCAGUUGAGAGGAAUGGAUACAAUACUGCUAUCAAAAUGACGACCUUUGAUAAGGUGCCUCAGAAGACAUUCCUGUGUCCCAUUUCCAGAUGAUGUGAACUGUGUCCAUUGUUUCUCCUCUGGGGCCUACUGGACAUAUCCACUGAUGUUGCUCAACCCUUUGACCACCCUGUGACUUCAUUUUCAAUGCCAAGGGCACUUUUGAAUUAAUAGGAAGGCUGCUCAACCUCUACCUGACUGGUCUAUUUGGUGUUGGGUCAGAGUAUGGGGAGGUUACUGCCCAAGGGGAAACUUUUGAAAUAGUCACUGUCUGCUGACAGUGAGUGCACACCUGAUUCUCUUUCCCAGAGGUUUAAGUAUCUAUGUGUUCUCUUGGUGAAUAUAAUGAGUAGAUUAGACUGGGGGAAAAAAUCCAAUUAUAUAUAAUGUGGUAAAAUAACUUCUAACUUAACAGAUCUGUCCUUGUGUUAGCUUAUUACCUUGGAACUCUUGUUGGUAUGUAUGCUUAUGUUCUUGUCUAAAUGCACAUGUGUGUGAAUGUGAGUCCCUUUGUGUGGAAGAUGAUAUACUGGGACCUAGAUCUCUUUCCUUCCCCCUUGAAUGAAUUGUCAUACAACCACAUCCAGUUUGUCAGAAAUCCACCCAUCUAAUAUUCACAUAGCUGUAUGUAAAGUAUGUGAAAUAUGAUAUAGAAAAAUAAUCCUUUGAAGUGGACUUGUAGGGUAAUCCAAAAAAAAAAAAUGAAGAUAACUUUAGAGUUGCCAAGAACUGACUGAUUGCCAUGAAUUGAAAUAUUCCCAAACCUCCACUGGACUCAAAAUCUUUCCCUGACAGACUCUUGUGGGUCUUUCUGUGUUUGUGUGUGAAUCAAAGUCAUUCUUCCUCAACAGCCCUUAAGUUAAGGAGGUAGCCUAGUUAGAGAGUAGAACUGUUUACUCUUGAAUGUUUCUGUACAUUUUUCAGAACAUGUUGUCUGGUAUGAUGGAGAGUGUAUAUUUAUUGAAAUUAAAGAUCUAUUUAUUUGUGUCAUGCA